UACAGACGCUCAGCGCCUAAUUUGGAUUGAUAUGCAGUCAGAUGGGAUCAGAAAAUUCAGAAGAACGCAGAAAAUAUCCAAGAUAUGAUAAUGGGACGUUUUUCAGACAGACGAUUUUGCAGGUGCCUACCCAUUUGCGUAAUGGAAUAGCCCGUAACCUCCUUGGGCACAUGAGACAAGUGCACUCCCCACCGCACAGCUGACAUGCAGAGUUUCAAAGAGGCGUUUUCCCGACACUUACGUCACCCUUCUACGGGACCUGUGGGUUGGCUGGUUAAGCAUAUUCUUGUAAGGACGAACCGGUACUUGGAGAAAGAGGCAGCCAGACUAUUGGGUAUCCAGCCACAUGACAGAGUACUAGAGGUCGGGUUUGGACCGGGACUGGGACUGCAGUACGCCCUGGAACACAUAGGCGGCGAUGGCCGCGGAAAGGUGUAUAGGCUAGAGAUAUCUCCUGAAAUGAUACACAGCGCCACCAAGCGACUCCACCGGCACAUUGCAUCUGGCAAGCUCCAUCUCACCCUGGGUAACGUGAUGAAUCUCCCGUAUCCAGACAACUCCAUGGACCGGAUCUUCCACGUCAACUGCUACUACUUCUGGGAUGACUUAGAUCAGGGGUGCAAGGAGUUGAACCGAGUCCUGUCGCCAGGAGGCGCCAUGAUCACCACCAUGGACUAUAAAACGUUGAAACUGUCCAUCAAGAGGGAUUUGAACGCGUACGCGGAUAAAUAUGACCCAUAUGCAUACAUGAAGUCACUGGAACAGACAGGGUUUACGGGGGUCCGUAUGGAACACCUUAAAGAUGGGGUCAAAGAUUUUGAGGCGAUCUUUGCUUGUAAAGAAUGACGUUUUCAAACAGGCAUUAAGGUACAAAUAGGCUCAAUUGCCAAAGACAUGCUGUGAGUGUUAGGUAAAAGAGCUACAUAAACAGUUAACAACUGCUGAUCUAAUCUUUGUACUGUGCGUGAGUUUAGUGAAAAGAAAAAUGUCCAUAUCAAAGAUGUUCUAAUAUAAGGUAUAGCUUGCAUAUUUCACGGAUCACUAUGAUAAUAUUGCACGCAAAGAAGUUUACAACAUCAACGGGUACCCAAACUUGUAGUUGUUUCAUCAGCUCUACGUUUUAUAUAGAGUGAAAAAAUGCGUGUACGUCAUUGGAUGACGUCACGUUGGCGGUGACGCUGUGUUGUAUAUUGCAUUUGUAUGACCAUUAACUUUUCAUAAAAAAAUAUACAAGUAUGACUAGUAAAAAGACAACAAAACACACAAAUGAAUGAGGCUUAAAAAGAUUUUUUAUCGAUAAAAAUUCUUCGUUGAGCUCUUUAUAAAAAGCCCGGCCACAGCUACGCCGCCAACUUGCCGCAGCCACAUUGAAAUACGAUAUUAAACGACGUAUGAAAUAUUACAACAAGAAACUUCCCAUUUCACAGGAAAGUGUUUAA